CUACUCCUUUCAUCUUAUAUUGUAAGGAGAAAGGCGUUUUGGUGGCCGAGCUACCUGAAGGCCGGUAUCUGGGUCGUGGUUUAUCGCGCUAUAAUGUGUGCUGCUUUAUUUUCGUUUUUUUGUACAGUCGCCAUUAAGUUGAAAUACAUCGGUGCCAUCAUAUCCAGUGAUGCAUUUGUACACGGGCCAGUUCAGUAUCUUCUGCACAUACGUCGUAUAGCUUCCCAUUUACUUCGAGAGUGAACACCUUUUCUGCCUCGCUAGGCCAUUCAUCCUCUUAUGGCGGCAGCUGGGUUUGCGACAGAUCGCCAUGGAUGGGUUGGAGUUCUUCUUCGAGGAAGCCGAAUCAGGACAAGCUCCAUCUGAUCUUUCAAUUUAGACUAGUUUGUUCUAGAGUAUAUGUCCUACGGUAGCUAUCGUUUUUUGGUUCCACUGCCCCAUCGUGUCAAAUCUGAAAAGGAUGAUUUCCUGUGGUUCGUUGCAGAUUGGUUCCCAGGGUGGAUGUCGGUUAUCUUUUAGGGGGAGAUAUCGCUGCUGUGGAAUCGGUCGUUGCUUCAAUCCAUGAAGCUUGCCCGGACCACGCCGAUUUCAUUUCCUCAGAGCCCACAGCUGGCGUCAGGGAUGCAGAGCACUCCCGCAAGCGGCGGCGCCUUGAGGAUGCAGCGCUGGAUGGAGACGAGAUUGACUCAUACAAUGAUGCUAGUGAGGUUCGUUGCCAAUUCAAACGAUAUGCCUCCUGAAGAUAUCAGCGAUGCAACCGUCAGAAAGGAGGAAGAUGCAGAGGGCAUGUUCGUAUCCAACUCAAAUGGCUCCAGUUGGACUCGAAGAACUAGGAUCGGUAAGGCAGCAUAUGAGAGGGAAAUUAAUCCAAGCAGGUUCCUGCUCUCGAGGUUUCAAUACAUGCUUAUACUGAGAAAAAAAACUGGUGAUGAUCCAACUUGGAUUCCAGGAGGUUCCUCGGAAACAUGUCUUGAAACGUUGGACGAGGGAAGCAAGGUAUAUUUUGCCAGCAGAAUUUUUGCGCUGCUAGAAGGAUCAAGGUCCUCUGAAGUACUCUUCACGGAGACAUAACAACCUGCAUUUGUUGUGCCUAGAAAUUGUCAAGCUAGGCCACAACAAUGUCGAUGCAUAUAGUCUUGCUAUGGAGCAGCUGAGAGAUGUGAAAACAUUACUGGAGCCUGUUGCUGCUAUACGCGAUGGUAUGAGGAGAAAUGGCAGCUGAUUCUGCAGCUUCAGAGACAGGGAAUAAACAACAUUUUGGUCCAGCAAAGCAAGCGCAUAGUGCAUUAGAAGGUUCUGAUAGUUUUGCAGCACCUUCAAAGAAGAGACCAACUGCCUAGCACAAGCCGCGAUAAGGCACCACACGAGCAGCCAUCUGAAAGGACUAGAUUUUGUUCCAUAUGCAGGGGUCAAGCCAUCAAAGUCACAAGAGCAUCACCUGUCCGCAACGACGUGAUCUUCCAAAGGCACCGAGAAGGUUGCCUCGAUGCUCCAGAUGCAACCUACAAGGUGACAGGAAGAACACUUGCACCUACCAACCCAAGCAAGAUUUUCAAGAUUGAUUUUCAGUACUGCUUAUGCUUGAAAUUCAGUUUGCUAGCUGAAUAAUCAACUGUUUGUCAAAUGCAAGAUUUUCAGAACUGCUUGUGCUUGCAUAGUUGUGAGCUUGUUCCUAUGUAUGUGUCGCUAUUGUGCAUCACUUGUUUUUAAAAAAUCAUGUAAUGCAUUGACGUUGUCAUGGUGUUGUGUUCAAGAGUGCGAUUUAACCGCUGGA